UACACCUUUCUGAAUGCGCGACGCCUUAUGGAGUAUGACAAUAGGAAGAUUGUAGAGUCAGAAAUACACACCUUCACAGUUAGGAGCAUGAUCGACUGUAUUCGUGCAUGUUCGGAAGAGACGUACUGCACAAGUUUUCAAUUCUUCUCCGGCGGGCCAACCUGUGUCACUCUCCGCGAACGUUUCAGAGGUGUCACUACGAAGACGAUUGCUGCCCCUGGGUAUCAGCUCUUCCAAACUGACAAACCUUUGGCUACUGUUGGAUCUGACUGUGAACUGGAUGUGGACUGCAUCUCACUGUUCCAUGCCCACUGCCACGAGGGUUCCUGUAGGUGUAAGGUUGGACAUCGCCUUGGUGGCAACAUAUGUCGCAAUUACACAGAGCUAUGUGUAUCUUCACCUGGCUACACAUUGGAUGUUGACAGUGACACGUGCUACAGGAUUGAAACAAGAGAGAAAAGGAACUGGACUGAUGCUGAGAGAAACUGCACCGCCAACCAGGGGCAUCUAGUCAGACCUGACACCGUGACCAAAAAUAAUAAACUGAGGACGCUUCUGGAACCAACAGGCUUAAGUGCAUUUUGGAUUGGAGUCCGAAAAAAUUCAGAGUGGCAAUGGCUUGACAACACUCCCGUCACAUCGCAAGCUUGGGGAUCUGGAGAACCCAGCGGGGAUGGCAGUUGCGUCGUUCUUUACAUACGUCUGCAGUACAAGUGGAAUGAUGCACCGUGUUCAAGUCUUGAAUAUUACGUUUGUGAAAUUCCACUGAACUGAAUUUCAUGACUUUCACGACCUUUUAAUUUAAGGCUUUUAAACACUGUCUCGAACUCCACACAAUUCAGGAAACAUUCGGCUUUCCAUAAUUACUGAUGUUUCAUAAGAUAAAAUAAAUCUUUUAAAAAUUCCUCAAGAAGUGCAAAUGAAUUGAUCAUGAAUCUUCAAGAGUGGGAUCUAAUCCCUCAAGCUACCGUCCUAUAUCACUAACUUGCUACGUUUGCAAAAUCAUGGAGCGCAUGCUCAACAAUCGAUU